AUUUAGCCAUAUAUAUAGUGUAUUGCAAGUGAGUAGUAUUAGAGAUGGGGAAUUAAGAAGAUUCCGCUAUGAAAGUAAACAUGUUGGUUCGCUCCUCCCAGUGGUGUCAUCUGCAACACCCCGCCAAGAACGCAUCUCUCCGUUGUUUUGUUUGUCUGGCGAACCCCACUGUUGAGAUAAUUACGACAAUGCGAGGCAUAAUGCUCCCUACCUCUCUUACUCCAGGCAGCAAUCUGUUCUACGAUGAAAGGAUGACUAGUCUUGUUCAACCCGGUGUUGAGGAGCCCGAGCGAAAUCCGGCUCUUCGCGCGCUAUCUGAUAAUCCUCAAAUGCCAGCACUGGACAGCAGCGAAAAAGGCGCUGCCCGCAAGGCCAGCUCCCCCUUAGUCCUUCUCCCCUCAGAGAUACUCUACAUAAUCCUAUGUUUUCUUCCGUCACCUAGUCUGGCGGCGAUGUCUGCCACCUGCCGCCACCUGUUCAAACACACCCAGAGCGACUUCCUCUGGAUGAACCUCGUCAACUCCAAUUUGCCGAAACCACUCAGUGACCCUGCGCCAUUUAAUACCUGGAAAGAAUUAUACAUAUCCCAAUUUCCGAUGUGGUUCGUGGCGCGCAACAAGAUCUGGUUCUCCGAUGUGAUCGACACCGGAAAGCUUAUAGUGACGAGAUACAACCCCCGCAAGUGUAUGAUCGAAGGCUAUCGGGUCGUUGCAAAACAUACUUUUCGGCAAUUCGAAACAUGGAGCUAUGACCCUGAGGUUCUCAUCCACUCAUUUAAACCACAAGUCUCUCUGUGGAUGGACGAUCCUGUCGUGCAACUGUUCAAAUUUACCCGCACGCCAUUUAAACGCUCCAUCAAUUGGCGGCAUGGGGAGAUUCGAAUGCCCAUGGCGCUCGAAGCGCAGCGCGUCUUUAACAAUUUUAUUUUGUGUGCCAAAAUGCCCCAUGAGGACAAGGAGGACCCUGGAAAAUUUGUGUGGCCGCCUCGAAUAAUACCGUCCGACGAACGCGUCGACGUCUCCUAUAAGCAGGAUUUGUCAUUCAAGUCGACAGCGAAUGUCCCACACAGUUAUGAGAAUAUUUGCACGUCAGCUUUCCGAGUUAGGCGAUGGGCGCAGCUUGGGAAUGUAGGUGCCGUUUUUGAUAUAAACAAUACUCGACAUGGUGUAUCCACUUUUGCAUCAUUGCAGCCUGAGCUCUAUACCCCGACGCCAGAAAAGCCUUACCAAGGUAUUUGGGUGGGCGAUUACUCUGGCCAUGGGUCUGAAUUCCUACUUGUGUUGCAGCGGGAUGAUCCAUUUGAGCAUUCACUGGGCACGAAACAGCAAGGCGCUGAGGGCGAUUCGUCAGGCUCCAUAUAUUCCUCCUUGGCAGGCUCUUCGUCCCAAACACCACGAGGGAGGCUAGAAGCCAUAAAAUUGACCGGUGAUCCGAACGUGCCUCGCGGCCAAAUAACAUUUUUCGCAGAGGAUAUCGGACCGGAAGGAUUAAUCAGGAUCGCUGAUGAAGAUCUCUUCAAAGGAGCGCGGGUGGUGCGCAGCCAGGGCCAUAUCGCGUCAACAAAUUUCAGAGAUGACAAGUUCAUCCCUGCUCAGCUCUUCCUUCUCUCAUACGACUGUAUGGCCCUUUUCUGGGAAGAAUUGAAGCACGUCUCGUACUAUCGGCGAGUCGAUAUUGAUGGUCUUGUUAAUCAAGAGCUGGAGUAA